UAUUGCUUAUUUAAAUGCUCACAUGGUCUCCUCGCGUGAAUGAGCUAAAGUGCAAACAUGGCGGCGGCGUGAGACCGUACACACCAGCACGGAUGGAGGAGCAUAAAUGAAAACUUUCUUUGUCAUAAUCAGAGAGCAGUUUCUGGAUGUCCUUUUUUAACGCCGCUUAGGAGGAGAAAAGUGCUGAGGGCAAAACACUAGACUGGACUGGGCCACCGCCUGAAAACAAUAAGGGCUGAAAUGAACGGGGACGUGAUAUAUAACGGACACUCUGCAUUUCACCACCUCUUAAAGCACAGCAGCUCAAAGUCACCACAUCAUGAAUCAAUCUCCGUCAAACUCAUCCAAGAUGGGAAAAAUUCUCGAUUAUUCUGCAUGCAGAAUGAGCCACAGAAGCAUGGAGAUUGUAAGGCCAGGAGACCCAGUACUGUAAACGGUGAGUUCAUCCUCCCAAAAAUGGCUGUGAAUGAAGAGCUGCACAGAGCAGAGGAGCAGACACGGCAGCUGCACUGUACAGCAUCAUACAUGCACUCCAGCGGUGACAUCACUUCCCCCGGUCAGAGGAAACGAACCUGUCGCAAAGUUAAAGUAAAGAAAUCCAUGCAGAGAAUUGAUGAAACCAAGAAUCCACAAAAUCGGAAGGUUACGGAUUAUUAUCCCAUCAGGAGAAGCUCGAGAAAAAGCAAAAGUGAACUGGAGUAUGAAGAGAAGAGGCACCUAGAUAUGUUGAUUACGAAUGGCAUUGAGAAUGGAAUGAUGGUCAGGUACAUUGAAGGAAAAGGCCGGGGAGUUUUUGCCACCCAGAGGUUUCAGAAAGGGCAGUAUGUAGUGGAGUACCACGGAGAUCUGCUACAGAUCACUGACGCUAAAAAAAGAGAGGCUUUAUACGCACAAGACCCAACCACUGGCUGCUACAUGUAUUACUUCCAGUAUCUCAGCAAAACAUAUUGUGUGGAUGCUACAAAUGAGUCUGAUCGUUUGGGAAGGCUUAUCAACCACAGUAAAAACGGCAACUGUCAAACCAAACUCCACGACAUUAAUGGAAUACCUCACCUCAUCCUCGUGGCCUCCAGAGAUAUUCAGGAAGGAGAGGAACUCCUUUACGACUACGGCGACCGAAGCAAAGCCUCGAUAGAGGCUCACCCAUGGCUAAAACAGUAAUGUAUUCAGAGGAGGGGGAAAAAACACCUUGUUUCUUAACUAGACAGUUUUUAAUGUAAUUAUUGCCUUAGUAAACUGAGAAUGUUUUGGAAUAGUAAGUAAAUUGGUAUGUUACACAGUGACAUACAUGUCAAACACGUUAGAUUGCGGUACAUAUUCGAUGUGUCCUACUUUUAAGAUAUUUAUCCUGCUCUAUGACAUGCUAGUUUCGGCACAUUUCUUUUUGUAUAUUUUAUAUAUUGUUAGAUCAGUGCUUCCAAAGCAUGCAGUUAUAGUCCAACUUUCUGCAUUUUUAUAAAGAGUUUUCUUAAUCUGAUGUGUAUGGUAGUUAGAGGCUUAGCAAUAAUUAUUUAUAAUGCCCAAACAGUUAUGUUUGAAGCAGAAAGCCGGUGAUGCUUAAAGAUACAACAUUUUAAAAGGUUCAGAAAACUGGAACAUGAAACCAAACUUUGAUAUAAUUUGAAAUGUUACCGCUGUUACAAUGCUGAGUGUGUCACCUGAACAAAGCUGUACCUGUUAUACAAAACUGAGCGUUGAUGACCAAAAGCUCCAACUGAGAGUUUCAAUCAAUCUGUAUGAGAUAGUAGCUGCAUUUGUUUAAAUAAAUGAUU